GAACUGGUUCAGGAGGCGCUGCUGUGACGUAGCAGUCCACCGCCAACACACGCACACACGCGCGCGCACACCGGCUGCUGCUGCGCCUGCCAGAAUCUCAAUGUGGGGAAAUGACCGCGAGUGACCUCAAAAGAAACGGUGUGUUUUAACGACUGCUGGCGUUUUGAUUUUAGACGCAAUCAAAGCAAGAAUGUACGUCAAAAUUUAGCGUGAUAUUUCAGGGUAAAAUUCAUUUCAAUACGAGAAAAGAUACGGUUUGCUGGUCGCGCGACUGUCUGACUAGCUUGCAAGCAGCCGGGCUAACAUUAGCCAGCCGAGCUAACCGGGUUUUUCGCCGCUAGCGGCCGUGCUUGUGCUUUUUUUUUCACCCAUUGCAGAUGCUAAGCUAGGCUAGCUGCUGCCAUGGAUAAAGCCAAGUCAAUGAUCGACAAGAACGGAGCGUCGGGACCUUUUCAUGUCAACAACGGGCAGAGCCAACGGGGAUUUCACGCUAACGGCUGCAGCACCAACAACACUUUCAGCUCGAGCACCAGCAGCACGUUUGAGAACAUGCAUCAUCUGCACCGCGGAGACGAUGCGGAGUGCAACGGGUCCCCGGCCAAGAGGUGCCGGCUACGGAGGAGGACGGAGUCGGUGAGACGGAACAGACCACCCUUCCCGUGGUUUGGUAUGGACAUCGGUGGCACCUUGGUCAAGUUGGUGUACUUUGAGCCAGUCGAUAUAACUGCAGAGGAAGAACAGGAAGAAGUGGAAAACCUCAAGUCCAUCCGCCGCUACCUCACCUCAAACGUGGCCUAUGGUAAAACGGGUGUUCGUGACGUCCACUUGGAGCUGAGGAACCUGACCAUGUGCGGCAGGACGGGGAACCUGCACUUCAUCCGCUUCCCAACACAGGCCAUGCCUCGUUUCAUCCAGAUGGGUCGGGACAAGAACUUCUCCAGCCUGCACACAACGCUCUGCGCCACCGGAGGCGGAGCAUACAAGUUUGAGAAUGACUUCAGAACGAUGGCCGACCUGGAGCUGCUGAAGCUCGACGAGCUGGACUGCCUGAUCCGCGGCCUGCUGUUCAUGGACAAGGUGAGCUUCAACGGACACCCAGAGGGCUACUACUUCGAGAACCCAUCGGACACCCAGAGCUGCGUGAAGAAGCCCUGCACCCUGGAUAACCACUUCCCCAUGCUGCUGGUCAACAUCGGCUCCGGGGUCUCCAUACUGGCCGUGUACUCGGAGAACAACUACAAACGGGUGACUGGGACCAGUCUGGGAGGUGGUACAUUCCUGGGCCUUUGCUGUCUGCUGACGGGCUGCGAGACUUUUGAGGAGGCGUUGGAAAUGGCCAGUAAGGGCGACUCCACCAACGUAGACAAGCUGGUGAAAGAUAUCUACGGAGGAGACUACGAGCGCUUUGGCCUUCAGGGCUCAAUUGUGGCAUCCAGUUUUGGCCACAUGAUGAGCAAAGAGAAGCGAGACAGCAUCAGUAAGGAAGACCUGGCCAGAGCCACACUGGUCACCAUCACUAACAACAUAGGAUCCAUAGCACGGAUGUGUGCUGUCAACGAGAAAAUUGAGCGUGUGGUGUUUGUUGGGAACUUCCUUCGUAUCAACACAGUGUCCACAAAGCUGCUCGCCUAUGCCAUGGACUUCUGGUCGAAAGGACAACUAAGAGCCCUCUUCCUGGAACACGAGGGUUAUUUUGGAGCCGUCGGGGCGCUGAUGGAGCUGCUCAAGACAACAGAGGACCCGUGAAGGAAAUUAUAUCGUGACAUCAUCAACCCCUCGACAUGACGAUGUCACCCACCCCUGAAUGCUGUGAUGUCAUCCACUCUCGAUGCUGUGACGUCAUCAACUCAUGAUGCUGCUGAAAGGUCCCGUUCACAGAGGCCGCUAAAGGAACACUAAGAGAGAGAGACACACAGAAACUUAGAAAAGCCAUUUUAAUAAUAUAACACUUGUAAAUAAUGAUAACCUCUAACAUUCAUCUCCUGAACUCCCCGAACAGAGCCCCCCUUAUCAUAGAGGUUUUAAUAUUGUAAUCUUUAAUUUAUGGUUUCCUGUGAUCACAUCUUUUGAUUCCAGUAAUCAGCCCUGUGUCAGGAAGCACAGAGACACAGAGUAUUUUAGUGUUUUAUGUCACUGUGUGUUUGUGUGUGAAUAGCCACUGUAGCAUUACGUCCCGGAGGCUGUAGCACCACGGGCGACUUUUUGUGCGACGAUUCUUUGUCUGCACAGAAAAGAAGUUGCUUUGAACGAAUAGCUGGGCAUUUUUACCACCCGGGACUCAAAGAAAUGUUUUUCCUGGUACAACAGAAACGUUUAACGACUGAUGCCUCUUGCCCUCAGCUGUAGAUGAAUCUGUAAUGUUAAUGAUGCUGCAAUUUUAAAACCCAUUGGCUGAUGACAAUUUAGCCUCUUGGGGCAAAUUGCCCAAUAUUUUGAAGGAUUGGUCGAAGCCAGAGGAUUUCUGGACAACGUAUAUCUGGGCAAAGGCGUCCUGUACUGUUUGCUGCUCAUUGUUCACAGUCCAGUUGGCAACUUGAGACGCUGCAUACACAGAAUCAUGACGCUCUGUAAACAAAUUUCUGCGUAUGAAUGCUAAUAAACUUUAAAUACAGCUAGUAAAAAACUAAAUCAUCAAAAGAUGAUUCCCAGUAAGUUCUGAAAUUGGAUUUUGACCAGAGAGUUACACCUCUUUUGCUCUCCACAUGGACUGUUUAGCUGCAUGCAACCUAAGCUUGCUCCAAAGUGAUUGGACAACAAACUGAAACCAGAAUGCUUCCGAUACCAAAAUCUUGUCCCACAGAUUCUGCAUACAUACGCUGAUACCCAUUUAUAGAGAUUACUGACAGUGUAAAACCAUCAAAACUGCUGCUAAUGGUCACCCAGCUCCAAACUGCAGCUGGACAGAAAGUUGUGGCAGCAGCUGAGGGCUGGGAGGCGUUUUGUUGUCGCCUGUUUGUUGCACAAAAAGUCGCCCACUGUUCCACAGUCUUCGAAGGAGUGCACUGAAGACAAAUCCUGUAGAGAUUCGUAUGACACCUGCCUCCUUCAGCCCAGAGGGGAAGCAGAAAAACAAUCUUUUAUUCUUCUACAGCUCCACUGCACAUGGCCUUCGCUUUUUGUUUGUUUCUCCUCCGUCUGCCUACAUGUAAACAUUAACACCGUAUUGCCACACAUUCAUACCUAACCUGCUGAGUUUAGUGUUAGAUCGCGGGACCAAGACCUUGUCUUCCAACAGAUGGCGCUACAGUUUUGUCUGCAUUAUUUGCUUCUGCUGACCAGCGUCACCACAGCUAUAGUUCAGGACCCAGUCUGCUUCAGUAACCUGUCUACUAUGGGAUUUAUUUUUCUCUUGGGAAUCAUCUUCUCUUUUUCUUGCACCUUUCCCUUUCUGUCAGUGUCCCGUCAGGAGGGUGGAGGCCUCUUUCCUCGCCCUCCAGCCAACCCGGCUGCCUUGUUUGGAGGGUACAGUGUGAUUUAACGAGGAGACUAAAAUGCAUGUGAAUCCUUGCGUUAAGAAAAAUGUCCAGCAGCCUCUGCUGUAGACACAGAUGCAGAAUAAUGGUGUCAUCUUUUGAGAGACAGUGGGGACCAGGACGCUUGCCAAAGGUUGCCCAUUGUGUAAUAUACAGUCAUGCAAAUAUGCCGGCAGCAGAAUCAGUACAUAUGCUGUAGAUUGCACUGUCAUUGCUUUCUAAAUGGUGCAGAUAUUGUGCAUGACAGUUUGUAGUUUAUUCCCUAAAGUGCUGCGUGGUAGGGAAGGGUUUAACCCCCCCAUUUUGCUCUGACAAACAGUGACGAAAUGCAGUCAUGAUUAUACUUUCAGAGUGAUAUAAAUAUUAGCGAUAUUAAAGGAGUUGGCCACCAUUCCCCAGCUACAAUCCCAGUAAUCACUUUUUAUUCUUCUUGGACCCUUCGUGCUAAACUUUAGACUUUCUUUUAGAUUGUAGUGAAGCCAUCGCCCUUCGUUACCUGUAUCCUGGCCACUUUUUAAUAGAAUCUUAUCUGAUCUGUAAUAAUGUUGGGAAGUUGGAUUUGUAAAUAACAUGCACACCUCAUCCUAGAAGAAAUGUUUGCUUGUAAUGUAUUAUGCAUGACAGUGUCAGCUGUGAAGACGCUUCGUCAUCAGUCAUUGUCAAUGAAUUAUAAAAUUAUUACCUUGUAGCUGCUUUCAAGAAACAAGGUAGUUUCCUCUAAAGUCAUAAUGUGUCCCUCCUCCCUGCCUGGAGCUUUACAGCCUUUUAUCUCUUAAAUGUCAAAGCAGCUGAGCUAUUAAACUGAGCUGCUUUACAUUUUUAGUACCACUGUCUACAGGCCUUUACUCUCCGGCAGAGAAACUGUGCUCUUUGUGGAAUUCACCUCCGUCUCUCAGUUUUUGUACGACUAUUUGUUGUUCAAAUACCUCCAAACCAUCACUACUGUACCGACACUUUCAGGUCGGUUAUUUUUCUGUGUUUCUGAGCCUGAUGUAAAAGCAGACAGGAACUUUUCAAAUUUUCACCUAUAUUAAUAACAACAUAGGUGAAAUCCUUAUCAGCUCGUUGAAUGUUAUGCAAGUAUUCUGAACGUCUUGUCCACAAAAUCGAGUUAUGUCCUCUUGACCAUAUAACGUACCCACGGACUAAACUUUGACCCCACCAGAUAACAUGUUUGUUACUAUGAAGUUUGUUUUUUUGUUCAUAGUUCUUGGAUAGUGAUUUUAAGCUGAUGUUUAUAUCCACAGCAACUCACAAUAUGCUAGUAUGUUAAAGGUUCUGCUGUUGAAGCAAUUAUGUUUGCAAAUUUUAGAUAAACCGAAUUUUAAUCAGGUCACAGAAUAAUCACAUUUUUUACAGAGUGGACUCUGUCGCUGUAAAAUUUUAAAAAUUGUAUUUUUCUGUACUGUGGAUACUUUGAUUGCAACAGGCUUCAUGGAUAACAUCAAUUAUCCAAGUGUGAUGAGUAAAACUCUUUAAAAAAUGUUUUUAAGUAGUCGUGUUUUGGAGGGAUUUUGGAGUUUUGCAACCAUUUCUCCUGAAAACAUUGAAUCAUUAGCGUGUUCGAUCUCACUUUCAGCUGUGACGACACUGUAAAUGUUCUGUUCGGGUGCUUUUUGGUCUGUUUGUUUUUAUGUUUGCCUUCUUCCAGCUCUUGUUUGGAUGGUAACAGUGGCCUCGACCUGUCUGGUUCCACUCUGCUUUAAAACCCGGCUGGUGUUGGUUAUCUUUGUGUUCCUCUGUCAUCUGAAAAUCCUGAUCAGUUGCCUUCACUGUGUGUUUACCUGCGUACACCGUCUCUGUGCUCUUCACCUUCAUGUGUGGUUUACUUUUAUUUCUAACCUGCUGAACUUCACCUCCAUGUCUUUGCAGAGCUUUGCUGCAAAAAUGUGUAUUUUUGGUUUUCACUCUUGCUUUCUGUGUUUGUUUUUUGUUUGUUUGUCAUUUGUUUUUUGGGUUUUUUCGUUUGUUGCUAUGGUACUGUAGCAGAAGAUUCAGUGCAGUUAACACAUCCAUGACUCACCAGUCAUAAGUGUGUCUUCGUACAAAAACAUGAAGUUUGACUAAAACUGCAAUGGUUUUAAUUAUUUGAAAAGCCACAACAUUAUUAAGUUCUUACAGAUCAUUAAUACUGACAACUGGAAUUUAACAUGUUUACCUGGUACCUGUCUUUUCAUACUUUUUUUGGGCAGCAGUUUGGUAUGGGAACAUUUUUACAAAAGGUAUGUCCUGUUUUUUUCUGCUUUUUUGUGGCCAGUAAUAAGUUAUAAUGUGGGUUCCCCAUGUGAUUUGAAUAUAAUGUUGUACAGAAUUUCUUUUCUUUUUUUUUUGCUUUUUAUUUUAUUUUAUUCUAUUAUUAUUGUGGUUGGCACAAAGAACCAGUGUGAUUGUUUCCAGAAAUGUAAAUCCCUGCCGUCAUGCUCUGAGGGGCCAAAGAAGCCCUUUCAAGCAUGUGGUGAUUUUCCGCACUUAUAAAAGUCAUCAGACUGCAAGUUGUAACAUUCAAACACAGAUCAUCGCUGUCCUGCAGAGCCUUUUAUCUCAAAACACGUGAAGACCCAAGUACAAGCAGCACUUAUUCACAGAAGCGGCUUUUGACAUUUUUUAUCAUCACGUGGCUCGGGCCUGGCGUCAGGGCUAUAUUUGAUUGGAAACGGAUAAAAAAAAAAAGAAGACAAGCGUGAAAAAAGAAGAUAAUGUUUAGGCUUCAAUGGUAAUAUUCAUUUGCCCGACUUGCACAGAAUAUUUUGUGACUCACUUGCCCGAAGUCAGUUUUUAUUUUCACCUAUACAAAUUGUUUUGCCGGCAGCCCUUUAAGCUGCCAUGUAAGCAAGAUACUAUCAGCUCUUGUUCUGGCACUCCAGUGACAUUUUUUGGUAAACUUGAAGUGCCUUUGAAAAACAGCCCUAUUUUAUCAGCCUCGAUCUUAAACUUGUGGCAAACUGCGCAGUACAUCAUUGGAGAUUUGCCAAAAUCCUCAAACACUGUUUCCAGGAUAAAUGAAACGUUCACUCGCACUUCAGCUCAUAAACUUUGUCUUUAGCCGCUACCACUUUCUCCCGAGCGCCCAAUCAGUGCUGCACGCGAAUUUGGGAAUCACAGGAUGGCAAAGGAAUGGCCGGCCUUACUCUGCCUUACUCUCCAUCUGAUUGGCUAACACUGACAUUCUCACCGUAACCAAUCCCACUGCUCUUGCGUAAACCUUACAAAUCCAACCGAUGAGGGAAACAAAUCUUAGUCACUCAUGAGCAGGCCAUUCCUUCACUAUCCUAGGAUUCGCAAAUUUGAGUAACGCAUGUCAAUAGUGAUGAGAGGGAAGCGAGAUGGUUCGCUCAUUAGCUGCUUCCAUCAACAGCUCCAGAAAAAAAACAGUUUUAAGUUAUUUUUGCACAAUUUUUCAGGUGAGUUGCUAGAUUUUCUAGCUUGACGUGGCAUUUUACUCGCCGCUGGCAAUCCUUAUUGUUGAGCCCUGAUGUUGAUGAUGAAGGUCUCUGCAUAACAAUUAUGACGUGUGUUUGAAAGUUCAUUUUAAAGUGUACCUGUGUGUUCCUAAUCAUGGUGUCAUUAUGAGUUAUAAUGUGAUUUUCAUACUCAGCAGAUCCGAAACUGUUCUAGUCCAGAGUCCACAGACUGUCUUGGGGAUAUCAUGAGUACUUGUACUACUAAACUACUUGUAGUAUUUUUGUACCUUACUGUUGUACUAAUGUACUGCUGCAGCUUCAGUGUUUUUGGCUACAAAAACCAAAUAACUCUUGCUGAAACUUGUAUUCUUCACAUAAACUGUUGACACUCGUGAAGCCCAUCGCUCAGAGCGGUAUCACAUCUUGCGCUGUAGUUGACAUGUUUGUGACGUUUUGUCCUUUUUGAAAGUGUUUCUUCUGCAACACAGAUACAGUAUGAGGCAAGAAUUCAGCCAUUUAAGCUUUUAAGCAUAGAUUUUUCUGUCAUCACGAGUCAGCGCUGUGGGUGUUUAUGUGCUUUGGAAAUGGUCUGUGAGUUGUGAUUUUAGAGUUUGGGCUUUGAACCUCACUAACGCUUUGUUGGGGGUUCAUAUCCCCCCCGGGACCACCUGUACUCGGAUCAGUAUGUAUUUCUCGGUACUGUAAGGAGCUUAGAGUGUCCACCUAACGGCAAAUGUUAUGUCAUCCGUAGUGAAAUCCAACCAACAGGCUAUGCAGUAAUUCAUCUAUCUCUUUGUCCCUCUCAACAAACUCACCUCUUCUAAAGCUACCAGAGUUGAUUUGACUUGUUUGUAAAUGUUUUUAAAAAAAUAUAUGCAACCCUGUUAGAUUUCCCCUGUUAGAAAUCCUGUUUGAAUCUUGACGGGGAAAGUUUCUCCUCCUGAAGUUUCUGUCCUGCUGAUGUAGUUGUUAACACUACUUAAGGUGGAUGCUCACAACAGGAUGUUUUAGGCCAAAUUGUGCACCAUAACAAGCAUACGAAGCACGUUUUGUCAGUUUUCUUCAGCCGUUUUUAAACGGCUUUGUCAUGACGGACUCGUUUGAUCUAAAUUGUGCGUCUUGUCUGAUUAGCAAUAGUUGAGGAUUGAUAAACUGUAAUCACCUUGCUGCGGUCAAACCUUGUGUUGUACACUCGUCACAGUGACGUAAUGUUUCCUGUGAUGUUCUGACCUUUAGCUCGUCUGUUUUUCCACUUUGCUAAACUGUUCAGGCGGUUCCCAAUCUGGUCAAACAUCCUGCUGCGUGAACACAUCCAGCCUUUUUAAAACUGACUUCUGGAAUGCUUGACUGGCGGGACAGACCUUUUCACCCUUGUGUAUUUGAUUGUACAGAGAUUUUGUAAAUAAUAUUAAUAUGAUAUAUUCUACACCAGCAAUCUGUCUGUUGAUUCAGUUGUUUCAACUGUUCAGGGCCUGGCUUCCCAAACAUGACUCGGCACAUGAUUUACAAUCCACACGCAGACAGAAGACGCACCGAGACGAAUCACUUUUCUCUGCAGCUUUAGCCAUGAUGGAUAACAAAUACUUUUAGGAGUCUGUUUAAUCUACUAGUGGUAUAUAAUUAAUGACAUUUUUCUUAUUGGGACUAGAUACAUUUCUACAUGUUUAUUCGUGAUUGUCUAAAAAUCUUUGUGUGUUAAACCAACCUGUCAGAUCAUUUUUUACAUUAAUUGUCAAUUUAAUAUAAUUUUCUCUGUUUCAUUCAGGUGCAUUUGGCUUUGAUUAAACAUAAUCAUGCUUAAAAAAAUCAUACUUACUCUGAUAGGCUGCAGUCCGGACAUCUGUUUUCUGUCUGCUGGAUUUCAGCGCCCAAGUUUCACCUCGGCUCCUCUGUGAUCUGGGUGUGACAGUUUUGGGAAGCCCAGUGCUGGUUGUUGGCGUCAGUUCUGCUGCUGCUUUUAACUCCGGUUUGAAAACAGAAAGGGUUAAAAAGGAAAAAAAAAGUAUAAAAAUGGCUCCCUGCCUUGUGCAAUGCGUAUGUACUGAAGUGAAGAGAUUUUUUUUUUUCUAAAAAGGAAUUAAACUAAAACUGGAUGAGA